AUGGCGAGUCCUCUCGAGGAGCUUCUCACAGCGGCGGCAAAUGACCCCGACAGAGACGUGCAGCCCACGUACGACUUUGUCGGAAACCUCUGUUACCGUACCAAGGGAGAAGCCGACCGACCAGCUGGGCUCAAGACCAUUCUGGAAGGGCUCUACUUAUCCAUCACGACAGAGAACUAUGAACAUGCUGAAAGGUGGACCGACGCCCUCGAGGUCUGGAUGACUCUGGAACACAACGUGCCGCGAAAAGUGCGUGUAGCGUUGGUCAAGAUAUACUACGACUUGGCCUUGACGCCCGGUAUGGAUUCGAGUGCGGCGCAAGUGUUUUGCGACAUGGUUCCUCGCCUUGUCAACAACGUCGAGGGCGAACUCUGUCUCGACCCAGGAAAAGAUCUCACCCUGGAUUGGCGGACGCUUUUCGAACGAUUGAAGCACGACUAUCUUCGAACCUACAGCACCAUUCUGAAUCCAAUCGACUAUGACGACCUCGCCCUCGUCGCGCGAUACUUCUUUGAUCCAGGGGAGAGGCUGGCGGUGGCCGAGGAAAUUCUGCCCUACUUCGACACGGGUGAUUCUCAGGCCGCAGUUAGGGCAGUGAUUAUGAUGGCGUUGAUGUCUCCGACGCAGCCUGCUCCAGAAGCGUCCUCGGACUGCCAGCCAUCCAGUCUUUUACCCAUGCACUUUUCUCUCUUCGCCAAGCUGUUCCGGACGCAAGUCGCCACCGAAGUCCUGAUGCGGAUCGUGUCACCACUCGCCCAAAAUCACUUGACAUGCAAACAUGUCCCCUUUGGGGCUUUUGGCAUUUUCGACGAGAUGCAGUCCCGCGAGUUAUUUGCCGCCAUCUCGAGACUCGCCCUGAUCGACGACAGGAGAUCCGACGAUUCUUUCCACGACGGGUCUCUCUCUUGGCACCGCCGAAUGAGGGCCGCUCGGAACGCUGCCGAUUGGAUCGUCUUCUCGCUCUCACCCCUGUGCUCUGAGAAGCAGAACUCAAUGUUGUCGGGCCUGGAAAGCCUCAUCGCAUCCAUCACCGUCUUGUACCACCCCAAUUCCACCAUACUCGCGCAGUUGGACUUUAUCACCAACCUCCUUUGGUACAUCAUUCACAGCUUCUGCAAGCGAUACCACCGAGAGCAGAGCGGGGAGCUCGAUACCCCGGCGGAACGGCGAAUCAACGACGAGUUGAGAGGAGCGUUUGUCCGUUUGCUGAGAGAUCCGAUUCUCGCGGGCUGCUUCUCCAUGUGCUCGGACACCCGCUUCAACUGUAGCAAUGCCGUCAAGCCGCUGGCCGACCUCGAGCCAGGUCUCAUCAUCCCGACCGCCCUGCAACGCUUCUACGCCAGCCAUGACAGCAUGGUCGACGGCGACGCGGCGGAAUUUAGCAUGCGGCUCUUGGUGGUGCUCGGCAGCACCAUUGCACGGGAAAAGGGACUGCGAUGCCACCUGCCACACCUCAUGAAUCUCGCCCUCUCCGGCAUCAACGCAAGCCGCCCGGAUCUGACCAGGGCUAGCUGCCAGUUCAUUCGGGUGGUGACUUGCGACCCCCCGGCUCCCCAUCUCCAAUUCGCCAAGCCGGGCACGGGCAAACCCAAGCAUCCUGAUGCGGCCAAAGCCUGGAAAGCCUGGAUCAAGGGUGAAAUCGAACGCCUGAACGAUGGGGGUUCUGUCAUCGAUCUGGACUAUCGCAAACAACUCUCGGACGAGGAAGAGAUCGACCUGCUUCAGUCCGGCUUCAGCAGCGUCGAAGACUUCACCUUGCGGCUCCUGAAAUGCGUGUUCAAGUUUGCGUCCGACGCCUUCCACUCCGACUUCGUGGCCGAGCACGCCACCGGAGCAGACCGGAACGAGGCUGAGCUGGAUGUCCUCGAGGCGGUGCUGUCUUGCUUUAUGUCGUUGCCGCCCGAGAUGCUCGAAGAAGCCAUGCUGGCUCUGAGCAAACAUGUCUUGUCAGAUCCCAUUCCCGAAGCAAAGAAUCUGAUUUCAUCAAUUGUCGUGUAUGCUGUGCGAGCCGACCCGAAGAGCGGCCUCCGGAUACUUCUGCCCGCGCUGGUCCAUCGUAUCCAUGACAUCAUCAAAGAACACUGGAUCGAGCCGAGAGUCAAACGUUGCAACAUUUUGGCUGCGGACGACUACCUCAACUAUCACGUGGAGGUCCUCGGCUUCUGCCUCAUGCGCGGCGGGUCCGAGCUUCUCGCCUACAAGGACCAGGUGCUGGAACUCACGCGCUUUGCACGGGAUCAGUGUGGGUCACGCGCGUGUGCCCUCUGCGCGAGGCUCAAUGACUGCAUGGUCACCGGCUUGGUGGAGACCUACCCGAUGACGUGUGCGGUCACUUAUGAUGGCCAGGGUGAGGUGGCGACGACGGCUGUCGCAUGGCACACGCCCUCACCCGACGAGCUUCGAGCGGCCUGCGAGGUGUUCACGUCGGAAACAGUCUGGCUUGGAGAAACGAUAGAUGCCCUGAUGGAAGAUUACCCCACUUCGGCCAAGGAGCGUGGGACCUGGGGCCAAAGCCUCACCCAGGCCGUCAAGUACCUCAACAACAUUCUUUGCGGCAUGUCGCCCGUGUUCGAUCCAGGCCGCGAACCUGCUGCCGGCGGGAACGUCGGCAACCCCUGCGACGAGAACGCCAAAGGCGAGGCCGCGUUGGUCUCGGCGCAUGUGCAAGAGUUCCAUCGUGUGCUGGAGCCCGAUGACCCUCUCUAUGACAGCGUUCACCAGCGGCGGCGCGAGGUCGGGUUGCUGGCCGGCAAGAUCCACGCCUUCCUCCUCAAAUGCGAGGGAGAGCACGCCGAAUGCCUGCGCGAGGUGUAUAGGCUCUGCACUACCUUGAUUGGCGACGUCGGGCGAUGCCAUACGCAUCGGGACGCACGAGAGCCCCGCAGGGACCACAAACGCUGGGCGAAGCGCUUGGACGUCGAGGGACGCGCGCCAGCGCAUCCGCCGGCCAUCUGUGUCAUGCUCAUGGAACGCUACCAUGAAGAGAUGCAGGAAUUUGGAACCGGCUACCGCCACAUGGGUGAUCUCGAGAGGCGGGUGCUCGAGGACGUGACCGAAGGCUGCAGCUCCCCGUACGAGAGUGUCCGCAGCGCGGGGAGAUACCUUCUCGUCCUCGCGAGCGAGAUGCUGGUAGAUUCUGCCAAGUUCUUUCUUCCUCUGAUGCUGGCCAAGGUGCGCGAUCUCAUCAAGAGCGGGAACCACCGUGGGAUCGAAGGCGCGGUGCAAACGCUUGUCUGGGGGAUCCCUCUGUGGAAGCAGCAUUGUCCCUCCCUACUUCCCCAUCUGCUCGGCAUUCUGGCAACAACAGCCGCAAUGGAUGUGCCUCAAGUGGCUGGUAUUGCUGCCGUGGCAAAGGGGGGCUUGACAUACAUGGGUUGCCCCAAGUUCCGUGGACGGACCGUUUUCCCCAGGGACGGCAUCGCGGAAUCCAUCCGACCUGCCGGGGACUUUUCAGACCUGGCCGUGAGGGCGCACGAGCUCCAGCGUCAAAACAAGGACGAGGUACUGCAGAAGAUGGAGGACCUCGGCGUCGACUUGUUGAGGAUGAAGACGGACCCGCAGCUCUGUAUCCUCGCCAUCCCGGCCCUGAUCCUACCGAGCUUCGAUCCGCCUCCGGUCGAGCUCCUCUCCUUUCUCGCAGACAAUGCCGUCGCGGCAGACGCAAAACUUCGUCACCCGUGCAUCAGUAUGCUCGGUGAGGUGGGGAACAUGUUCCUACUGGGGAUACCCUUUGCUCACGACCUUGAACACUACAUCCGCACGCAGGGCUGCGGAGGAGGCGACCUGGUCCAAGUGGUCCCCAGCCGGGAUGUGGCGUGUGCGGAGCAAUACCUGACCGAGUAUGCAAAGCUCGGCGACGGCGAUGACAGUGGUGACGGCACCUUUUUCGAUCCUUCCUCCUAUGGGUCGCUCGUGUGGCCGGCUCGGUUCCACGCCUGGCGCAAAGACACGAAAUUGCCCACCGACGACCCGGAGAUGGCGCGAAAGGCUGCAUGCAUCGGAUCUCUCUUUACCAAAGAAUGGUUCGAAAAGUUCCUGUCCCAUUUGAAGCUGGAAGAAGAGCCCUGGGAGGGAGACAAGAACGGCCAAACGCCAGUGAUCUGGUCAAGCAACUAUGGACUCCUGAUCCAUGUCUUCCGGCUGAUGGAACUUGGGGCGACGGCCGCCAAGCUGGAGGACGUCGAAGAUCUGGUCAAGACGGCCCUCGAGGACGGCACAAAGAUAGGCCACCAUCUUGCGGCAGCGACCUUGCUCCUCGGCCUCCUGUGGGCCCCCAGGUCCAGCGCCUUCCGGAGCCGAGUAUUGAAGACGGCGGAGCCCUUGCUGAUCGACAUCCUGGAGCACAAGAUGUCCCUGGCCGGCGGGACGUGGGCCAUGUUUCUGCGCCGGCUCAUCAAAAACCGCGACCCACGACGGGUUCCAGGGUUGGUGCGGCAUGUCAGUUCCCUCCAGCUCGACGUCGAGGACGCGGCGCCCAAUAACAAUGCGAAGCUCGAUACGAUCCAGACUGUGCUUCGUUAUCAGGGGUGGCGGUUCCGUCAAGACAACGACGUCUUGUCCAUGCUUCUGGGAGCGAAAGAUGUCAUCACGAACGUGGAGGUCUCUGCCUCACUCGGCACCACGUUGGCGCUCAUCUACACCCCGAGAUUCCACGAUUCGUGGACCGACGUCCGCACCAUGAUCGCGGCAAACAGAGACGCGUCGUCCUUCGGCAUCCGCCCGUAUGAGCCGAGAAACGAGAUACGGGACACGGUCAGCAAAAUAUUCGAGAGGGUUUCGGCGCUGCGAAAACAAGAGCCGAUCCCUCAUCGCGAAUACCAGAGCGCAACGUCGGUGGCGCUGGCCUUCGUCUUUGGCAUGUUCGAAACCAACGCGUCCGGCGUCCUCGUCCACAUGGUCGAUCUGAUCCUCGACGAUCUCUUUUUCAUGCUGGAUGCCAAACUCCCCGAAAAGUCGGAGCUGGAAGUGCUCGCAACCUCGGCGCUGGAGAAGCUGUGCCGUCUCCCGUUUCGCGGCGACGACGAGCCCGCGGCUUUCUGGAAAGCCAUCGUGAACAAGGCGGGAAAAUCCGAGCCGAUCACCCACCGCAAAGCGGCCAUGAGCAUGAUGCGCGAGCUGUACCUCCGACGACUGUUCACCAGCACGCCGGACGAACAGAGGGGGGCUCUCCAGGCCGUGAGCGACAAGAUCCAAGAUUCCGAUUCGAAGAUCCACACCAAGGCCGCAGAGACCCUGAAGCACCUGCUCUCUCGCAGUCGCCUCACCGUGACGGGGCCCAUCAUCAACGACAUAGUCGACCACAGCGUAGAGGCUCUGCGAGCCACGGCGAUCAAGGACAGCGUGCGUCUGGCCGCGGUCUGGAGGCUGAGCGCCACGGUCUCGGCGUACCCCCAUCUGAUAGAAGCGCCGAAAUGGAUGGAGAAGGCGAUGACGAGUCUCGUCCACGAGGCCCAGCUGCACAGCAGCCUCUCGACAAACAUCGCCAGGACCACGGUCCGGGAUUUCAAGGAGGCCAAGCGGACACAAUGGGAAACAGUGACAAAGGCGCUAAUUUCUCGCCCGCAGCACUUGCCGGAAAAACUCGUGCUCGAAAUGCAGGAAAUGAUGGGACCGUCCUACUACGCCUAG